GGGCCGCCCACGGCGCCGCUCCGGAGACUUCGGCCGUCUAGGCCCGGGCUUCUGGGGCCCCUCCCGAUGAGCACUGACUGUCCGCGCGGCCGGGACGCCCUGGGACACUGCACCGAGCGGGGCACGGCUCAAGAUAUACUUCCGAUCUUCAAACUAAAUAGAAGUUCCCAGGGAAGAAUGAAGGAUGAAACUCUACAUAUAGUAGCUACUCAAUAAAACUUUACCAAAGAAGAGAAAGAAUUCCAUGAAGACUCCAUUAACAUAAAUAAUGGUGUUUGAUUAUACAAAUUCUCUUUGAGAAGGCACUUGCAGCUAACCAAAAUGAGUGACAUUGAACAGGCAGAAGCCCAGCUGUCUGAGUUAGACCUGUUGGCCAGUAUGUUCCCAGGUGAGAAUGAGCUCAUAGUGAAUGACCAGCUGGCUUUAGCAGAACUAAAAGAUUGUAUUGAAAAGAGAACAACAGAAGGACGAUCUUCAAAAGUUUACUUUACUAUCAAUGUGAACCCGGAUGUAUCUGAGGAAGCAAUGAGGAUGUUUUCUCUGGCCUGUAUUCUUCCCUUUAAAUACCCUGCGGUUCUUCCUGAAAUUACUGUCAGAUCAGUAUUAUUAAGUAGAUCCCAGCAGACUCAGUUAAACACAGAUCUGACCGCAUACCUGCAAAAGAAUUGUCUUGGAGAUGUCUGUAUAUUGAAUGCCACAGAGUGGGUGAGAGAACACGCCAGUGACUACGUCAGCAGAAAUGCCACACCUGCUGCUGGAAGUGCAGUACAGUCAGAAGAUCUCAUUCUCACAAGACUCUGGAUCUAUAGCCAUCACAUCUACAACAAGUGCAAAAGAAAGAAUAUUCUAGAGUGGUCAAAGGAGCUUUCCCUGUCUGGGUUUAGCAUGCCUGGGAAACCUGGUGUUGUUUGUGUAGAAGGCCCACAAAGUGCCUGUGAAGAAUUCUGGUCAAGACUCAGGAAACUAAACUGGAAGAGGAUUUUAAUUCGGCAUCGAGAAGACAUUCCUUUGGAUGGGACAGAUGAUGAAAUGGAAAGUCGAAGAAAAUUUUCAAAUUUUGAAGAAAAAGUGUUCAGUGUUAAUGGAGCCAGAGGAAACCACAUGGACUUUGGUCAGCUGUAUCAAUUUUUAAAUGCCAACGGAUGUGGGGAUGUUUUUCAGAUGUUUUUUGGUGUGGAAGGACAAUGACUGAGCAGAGUAGUGACAAGCAUUUUUUUCUGUUGGCCUUUCAACUUUUUUCUCACUUUCUUGAACGAUUCACUAGUUUUACUUUUGUCCCAUCGUAGAAUGUAAAUCAGUAUCUUUGCAAGAAUUGUAUCUUCAAGAAAAGCAUGUUAAAAAUGUCGUCAUUGAAAGCAGAACUGAGUUUUAAAUUAUAAUCCUAAAAUCGUAAGUAGACAUUUCUUGACAUAACAACUACCCAUUUUGAAAGAAAAAAUUGAUUAUAGUUGAGGAAGAUAAUGGUUGUCCAACUUCCCAAUUCUCUUCCCCCCUUAUCUACCUUCAGUAAAGAUCUUGGAAAAGCUAAGUGCACACUCUCCCUGCCUCUCUUGCAACUUGGGUGGCCACAGGACAUGCCUUUGGCUGAGGGACUUCUGGGUAAACGUUUGCUUUCCUGAUUAAAAUGAUAGCUGCAGUUUGGGCACUGUUUCCCUCUUUCAGUUACAAACACCAAAGUGCCAGCUGGAGUAGGCCUUCAACCACAAGGGCAGGAGGGACCAAGAAAACCACAGAAGUGCCAGUUUCCAUGUUGCUGUACUGUUCAUCCAACACCAGCCCAAGCCUAUUUCUAGACAGCUUAUUAUGAAAUCAACUCCAUGUUAUUUAGAUUUCUGUGCCUGUUGCUAGCAACUGAAAACUAAUAUACUAAAUAGUUUUUUUCUCAAAGCUUCUGUUUUACGUCUACCCCAGCCAUUUGUUACACAAAGAGGUGAAGGUUUUCUGAAAAUUUGCAGUUCAUCUCUAUUUUUGUAUACUUAUGCUCUGUUCCUGCUUCUGGGCUCACCUCACAGAAGGCUGAAGUCUGAGCACAGCUUAAACUUUUUAACAGAUCUUAACAGAUCAUCAGAUCAAUAAUUUAGCAAUCAGGUUGAUACCAUGUGUUUGGAUAGUCCUUGAAGAGUCAGACUUGGUUAUGGGAAUGAGAUGCAGGGAGACACAAUGAAAUGUUUACUUAGAACCACGUGAAGGCAAUCUGUGGGUUCGUCACUAAGGAUGGUAUUUAUUAGGUAAUAGCAUGUAGAAAUCAGAAGUAGAAUGACCAAGGAAAUGUGGAUUGAUCUUAACUAUAAAGGUAGCUAAGCACAGGUAAGAAUGAGGAUGGUAUUUAUAGCAGUGUCUUCGAUGUGAAUUUUAGCUACUUCCUCAGAUUCCAUCUCUGCUGCCCACCUCAUCACCUUGUCAGUACCCUAGAAAUGCCAAUCCUUCCUCCAUAUGGAUCAGCUGUUCAUCUAGAGAUUAUUGUUACUCCUACUCCUUACAGCAGCUACUAUAUAAGAAAGGAAAGAAAGAAGACAUUGGGGAAUCAGAACUUAGAAGUUUGGGGGAAGGUCCUAUAAAGCUGGGUGUCAGUUCAGGACAUGCCUGGCUAUUGCUGAUCUUGUGGAGGUCAAAGAAGGGACACCCUGCUGUUGGGGUACAGACUUCUGAAGAGGGAGUACCAUGGAUAAAGAGCUCAGAGGAGGGGCUCGUAGAGCUGAGACUAUGAGUAGGGUCUUGCCCGGCUGCUACUCCUUUCCCUGAGGAGUGCUAAAAGGUUGAUUCUGUGAUUGCUGGAAAAAAGAUGGAAGUCUGAAACCAACUGCUUCCUAAGCCAAUUGCUGUUGCUGAGACAAAGCUCCUCUGAUGGGAUGACACCAACGUGAGGCAAGUCCCUUCUUCCUCUCACCUCUCAGUCUCCCAGUACCCUCAUGAUGAUGCAAAUCUAAGAUGAUGUCAGUGCCUCAGUUUCAUGGAGUUGAGAUAAAAGAGUGACCAUGAAAGUAGUAACAAGAAACGUGCUUAUUUUUUCUAGUGUAAUUCUGAGAAACAAACCACUAAGUUACAAGAUUUGUGCCCUUCAAUCUUGAUUACCUUAUCACCCUCUUCUAAAAACUGCAUGUAACACUGCCUAUAUGGAAAAUGUUGUGCCCAAGAUCAGCAGACUCGGCGAGCAUAGCCUCCAAGAAUCCAAGGACAGCUGAUGCAAACGCAAAAGGGAGUUUAUUACGGGCUCGAGACCGGGCCCUCGACACGCACCGAUGCAACGGCAGAGGUCGAGAGCCCCGAAUAGAGGAAGCAGGGGUAUCUUAUUGGGUCGCGAGUGACGCGAACUUUGCAAGAAGCUGGCAAUUACUCAUUGGCUACUACAAAGGCAUUUUGGCGCGUGCGGUUAGUUUCAAACUGAUUGGACAGUUAGAGAUGCUGUCCCAUUUAUGGAUAGGACUGCCCUUAUUGGUGGCUGGGGUGGUCUGCUUUUUCGUCACCAAGUGGAGUGAGGGUUGUGACUGCUGAAACUAUCUCCGGAAUGCGGCUGGACAAGGACUAACAUAGCAAGGUGGAGGAUAUACAAAAUGGCGAAACCUCGGCUAAGCUUGGUUCCACAUUCCCCCAUUUUUUUUUUUUUUUUUUUUCUGAAAAACGGCUAGUCAGCUAAGAAAACAACAGCUACCAAGCCUUUUAUCCGUUAGUCAGUCUCAGAAUUAUGGUUAAGUUCAGCCACAUAAUGUGUUCACAGGUUUAUAGGUACAGGAAAAUUUAAAAUUGCCAUCCUUAUACAAAACACUGACUUUUUCUGGGUCAUCUCAGACCAUGACCUCUGAAAAUCAGACUCUAAACCAUCUAUCUAGUCAGCAAGAGGUAUUAUCUUCAGUAACAAAUGAGAAUUACUCUGCUCAAACAAGGGAUUUCUCUCCAGUUAGCCAGUCACAGAGUUAUUCAUUUGGUCACUAAACAUCAGCUAUUGAAUAAAACAGGUUGCUGCCCACCAGUCUUAAUACUAACCCCUUUUUAUUUUCUCCUUGCAUAAAUGAGUCUGCUGCUCCAAUUAAAACACUCUCUGUUAUCACUUGAAGGAAACCAAGGCCAACGUUAACACAUUCCUUUAGUUGUUAUCUCUGAAGCCUUCCUAAACUCUUCAGAGGUCCCCUCCUGCACUGUCCCUAAAACUGCCUAAUUACCCUAACUUGCCCUAUGUCUUAUUCCUCCCCUUCUGCGAAUGGAGCCCCUAACUGCAGUUAGGAAAAGGGGCGUCGUUCUGAUCAGUAACUGCUUCCUGCUGAAAGUGGGCGAUGAGGGGAAACAGUCAGGGCUCCACUGCAGGGCGAUGAUCUAAGGGACCUCGAAAGGACAGUGGAGGCUUCAUAGUUCGAUGGUCUCCAGGCGAGAAAUGACCUCGAUGAAGGCAUUGAGGAUGUAAGGCCCAAGCAAGAGAAAAACAAAAACAAAAGAUUUCAGUUCAAGAGUAAGUAGGUCACAAAUUUUUUUUUUUUUUUUUAACUUUAGCCAUUAACAGGUCUAGGGCUUUAGGGUUUUAUACAUACUUAAUGUUACUGCAGUUAUCAAAAUGAGGCCCUCUAAAUGUUAGUGCAUAAAAUGUUAAGUUUAAACAGAAUAAGGUAAUUUUCCAAGAUGAAGACUCAGGACAUCAAAACUUUGAUU